AUGCCCACCCUACCAAAUGCCAACUUGAGCUUCUCUACUUUCCUGCUGACGGGAUUCCCAGGCCUGGAGUGGGCUCACCAUUGGAUCUCCCUGCCAAUUUUUGUAGGAUACCUUGUGGCCCUCCUCGGUAAUGCCACUAUCUUGCAUCUGGUAAGAACUGAUCCUUCCCUCCACCAGCCCAUGUACUAUUUCCUGGCCAUUCUGGCUGUGACAGACUUGGGCCUGUGCAUGUCCACACUGCCCACAGUGCUAGGUGUGCUGUGGUUUGAUGCCCGGGCUGUCGGCCUGGUGCCCUGUGUUCUGCAACAGCACUUCCUCCACUCCUUCUCGUUCAUGGAAUCGGCUGUGCUCUUUGCUAUGGCUCUGGAUCGCCUGGUGGCCAUUCGCUUCCCACUGAGGUACGCAUCAGUGCUCACGGGCCCUCGGGUGGCAUUGGCUGGGGUUGUGCUGGGCAUGCGGAGUGCAGUUCUUACUGCUGCACCCUCAUUACACCUGUUAAAAUUUGACUACUGUCGUCCCGGGGCCCUCUCCCAUGCCUACUGCCUUCACCAGGAUAUGAUCCGUCUGGCCUGCUCUGACACCCGCUUUAACAGGAUCUAUGGACUAUGCAUGAUCAUGCUGGCCAUGGGCUCUGAUGUGCUCUUCAUCCUUCUCUCCUACACCGUCAUCCUCCGCACUGUGCUGGCCAUCGCCUCUGCAGGGGAGCGUCUCAAGGCCCUCAACACGUGUGUCUCCCACAUAUUGGCAGUGCUCUGCUUCUAUGUGCCAGUGCUAGGUCUAUCCAUCGUGCACAGGUUUGGGCACCACACCUCCCCUCUGGUACACAUCCUCAUGGGCACCAUCUCUGUCCUCUUCCCACCCCUGAUGAACCCUGUCAUCUACAGCAUCAAGACCCAGCAGAUCCGCAGGGCCAUCCUCAAGGUGGUAUCACUGGGGAAGAUGCAGUGA